AUGACAACAUUAAUACUACUCGAAACAGGAACACUACUGCCAACAUCAUCAUUAAGAGCAGCACCUCAGUUCGCCUUGAUCAACACUGAACGGAGCGACCGCAAUGGCUUCGACACCGGUGUAUGCCAAUGGCUCCGCGAAGGAUGCGCUGCCGGGAUUCAAAACGUGGGACUGGAUGGCUGCAGAGCCGAAGACGCCGUCUUUGAGCAUCGUGGACCUGGCUCCCUGCACGGGAGGUCCUGGCAGGAGCAGAGGGCACCGGCUUUGCUGGACCUGCUUCGCGCCGGGGAGCUGUGUGACCUUGUUUUGUUGGCAGGUGAGCCUGCAGAACGGGUCCCUGCCUCCCGGCUGCUACUCGCAGCAGCGAGUGCUGCCUUCUACGCGCGAGCAGAGGCAUCGCGCAUUGCCGAUGAGGAGAUGUACGUAUUGAAGUGCCCGGAGAUGGAGUACUGUCCGGCAGGAAGUCUUGGAUCCAAUGCGGGGAGCCAGUUUGAGCAGGUUGCAGCUCCGCUGGCGAGCGAGUUGCUCGCCACACUGGAACAGGAGCACAACCGGGAGAUCUUGACCCUGUACGAGGAGCAGGUGCGCUUGCGCGAGGAGCUUCGGAGAGUCGUGGACCUGAUGCAGCAAGAGGUUUUGCCGCGUGAGCGGCAAUUACAUGACAUGUUUGAGAAGCUCAACGAAGCUUUCCACACGUCAGCCCAGAACUUGCGCCGGCAGCAGGAGGAGUUCCACGCCCGAGCUUCGCAGAUGACCCAGAAGCACGACACGUCCCGGCGGGAGAUGCUGGAUCCAUUGCAGGCAGCCGAAACGGAGCUGACAAGGAUCAAGACGAUGCUGAAGCAUCCACUGGUCACAUCGCCCGGUUUGCCGCCGCAGCUGCUCCAGCAGAUUCAGCAGAGGGUGCAGCAGUCUUACAGCGAGGAAAUCCGGGUGCCCAUGGCCCGCCGCGAGAGCGGGCAAACGUGCCCGGGCUGUGGGAACACCUACGCCGACGAUUCCAAUUUCUGUCGGCGCUGCGGGCUUAAGCGGAGCCAGGCUCCCAUUUUCCAGCCGCCUUCUCCGGUAAUAUCUGGAUCAAGGCCGGGACAGCGACGAACGGCCUUGCAAUCGAUAUCUGCGCUCACGGUAGGAUUCAGCAUGUCACAAUGUUUGGAGCACCAGUUUGAAUCGAAGGAGAGCUAG